UGGUUAACCGGAGCUAUUGAAGAAGGAGGCAGAGUUCAGGGAAUAGGGAAACAACAGCAGCCAUUUUAGCUUCACAGGAGACACACAUCUUGAUGAUUUCCCCAGAGACAUGGAGCACAGGCUAACACACAGCUAACUCUCAGUUUAUGAUUGUGACAGGCUGGAUGUGAGUAUUUGUGUUCAUACUGAUCAACUUUGAGGCUCUUAUGAUGCUUUUUAAAACAGUGUUGGCUGACAUUGUGGUUAAAAGGAUACACAUGUUCACAAGGCUCUUUAAUGCUUCCAUCUUGUUAUUGAGACAGUUGGACUAUUUCAGUCUCUGAUCUUGAGGAGAAAUGUGUAUUUCAGGUGGAAACACGGGCACCAUGGUGACAGUGAAUCACUUGAGUGUUGAGGACCCAGACGAUAGCUUUCCACUGCUGCCUGAAGCUGCAGAGGCGGAAACACCCACACCUGUCUAUCACAGACAGCGAGGGGUCACCAAGUCUGAGUCAAAGGAGUUUUUCCUCAGCAGGUUUGUUUCUGCAUCUCUCUGCUCAUUUUAUGGCUCAUGCUAUGAUGGCGUGCUGUAAAGUUGUUGUUUUUUUUUCUUGCUGCUUAGGCGUGAGAACCUCGCUCUCAGUCUGGUGCUGCUGAUUGGAUGCUACUCAGCUAUUCUGAUUCCUGCUUACUUCCCUCUAGACAAGCCAGCAAACAUCAGCGAUGACUCCCUAUAUCCCAGAGAUCUGGUACAGACACUCAUCACAGCCCUUUAAUGCCUGAAACCACAAAUUAUGGCCAGAAAAUUCAUUUUUUUUGGAGCUGAAAACCCCAAAAAAUCAGAAUGUCCUUUAAAUUUAACAAAUAUAUUUAUUUAUCUCGUUUGAUACAUUAGAAAAACAUUACACUGUUUUUGCAAACUGAUAAACCACAAGAGGACAUUUUUAUCAUUUAACGGACUGUGUUAACCCUCCUCCUGUGUUAGGGUCUGCACCGACCCGUUUUUGGUUUUAAAAGCUUAAAAGAACCACUUAAAUUAGUUUUUUUGCAUCAAGACUUUUUGACUUUGUCAGGAAACUCUGUUUCAACAAAAUAGAAAUAAAAAUUUGAAUUUACUUAAUUAUAAAAUGCUCUUAUUAAAUUGAUGGCACUUGUCAUUUAAGGGUUGCUGUUGAUUUGGUUAGAUUAAUAUUUAAUAAUUAGAGCAAAAACUGAAAUCAUAAGUGCACUGACAGUCAGAUCCUCUUCCAAUCAUGUGAGAUUUAGGAAAUUCUCAUUUUGUCAUGUAUUUCCCUGCACAAAAAAACAACGUCAGGCAUGUCCAGACAUGUGAGAUCAAUUCAGUAUAGAUAUCUGUGUGAGGGGUAUACUGACAAAGAAAGGCCCAGAGGACCACAACAAAAAAUAUCAUAAGCAAUAAUUUCAUGGAUAAUGAAGCCGAACAAGUUAACUCAGAGAUGAGAACCAAACUGGAUGAUAGAGAAUUGUUUUUAGUGUAAUUUACAGCUGAUUUAAGACACGGGUCAAAACUGAGCCUUAACAUGGUGGGUGCGUAGUAAAAGCUAACACAGGAGGAAGGUUAAGGUGUUUUUUUAGUAAUUUGUUGAUCAUAUUGAUUGAUAGAAGUAUCAUAAAAGUAUGUAGAGAUCAGAAUUCAUCUCUGCUAUGCUUACCUCUAUAUUUACCCUCUUUCAAGGUCCUCCUGAACCGCUCAGCGUCCCUGCUUUCAGACCCCUGUCAGCCGCUCUGGUGUCUGAACCACCUCAAGCCCCUCUCCUGUUCUGCAGACCUCCUGGACAUCCCUGUGUUUGUGCAGCAGGACAGACCAGAGUCCUGGGAUCUGCCCCCUCCUCUGGGGCUGCAGGGCAGUGAGGAGAAUCUGGCCCUGGCUCUGGCUUCCUUGCCCCACCCUGACCUGCCUUCAUCCCUGAAGAAAGAAGGCGGCUGCAAGCGAUGUGUGGUGGUGGGAAGUGGAGGGAUUCUUCACGGGAGCCAUCUUGGAUCUCAUAUCGACCAGUAUGACAUCAUCAUCAGGUACAUACACCAAUGAUGGAGACGGUCUAAACAUGGAUGUGGUCUCAGUGGCAUCAUCAGUCUGUUUCUGAAACACAGUUUUGUGGUGUAUCAUAAGAAGUCGCCAUGUUGGAAAUGCUGACUCAGCCCAAAGAGGUGGAGUCGAGGGGGGAUUUUAGCCUCUCCGCUAACAGCUAUAGUGUCCUAUGUGCUGGGUCAGUCAACUUUGUCAUGAUGCAAAACGUGGGACCUUAUCUUCAAAACUAAAAAUCACAACGUGCAUGAUUUUAAACUAAGCAAGACUUAGGCUGCGUUCGAGUUACCUCGGAAGUCAGAUGUCGGAGUUGAAAAUGACGUCACACCCGGGUUCCCAGCGUCGGGAACUUGCAAAAUCAGAGGCCUAAAACAGGAUGGCUACAUCUACGAAAGUUAUCUUAGCGUUUGCUUUAUAUUCGGACAAGGCAAGUGCUAAAAUGACUUUGGUAGAUGUAGCCAUCUUGUUCACUUCAGAUUUUGCUUUUUUCCGACUAAAACACUGGUAACUCGGCUGUGACGUCAUUUUCAGCUCGGACUUCUGACUUCUGAGGUAACUUGAAUGCUCUUGGGGCUCUUUUUUAAUGGUUGUGUAUGUGGAUUCUGUUGCUUUUGUGGCAAGCCUCUAGUGGACACUCCUGGAAGUGCAGUUUUAGUGAUUUGGCUGCAGUUCUUGAGACCUGCUGCUGUUGCUAGGUCAGUGACAAGUGCAAACAAGCAAAUGCCUUAUCGGCGUUGUAGCCCAUCUAAAAGAGGGGGAUUCCUACAUUUCGAACCUGCUCAGUUUCUUUUUGUAUGUUCUGGUGUAAAACUGAUGGGUUUUGGAUUUGCUGCUUCCGAUUCCGACAGUGAAAUCCUUUGGAGCAAACACUGGCAGGCAGUAUUUGAUUUUGCUGCUGGCAGGCUCAGAUUGUUUUCCAUCUCUGAAAGGCAGAGGAGUUUGUUGUGCUGCAGGAAUGACGACUGUAGAAUAAUUGUGCAUUGAAGACGGUAUCAAACCAAUCCUGGGGCUCGUCAUGUCCAGUUCUUUAAAACAGAAAUAUCCUGGAACAGGCUGAAAACAUUCGCAGAAUCACUGCCAGAAGACAGAGCACAGCUUGUGUCUACCUUUUGUUUUUCCCUUAAAUUUCAGCACAUCUUCAUCUGCAUACUUUUGUUCAAACAAGAAAGGACCACCAUCAAAAGCAGACUUGAUGCCUCUCUCCUACCUUCUUCCUGCAACAUUCUCUGUUUAAAGACAGUGGGGUUUCUUUCCACAAUGUUGUCAGACACUUACUUUGACAGUUUGAGCCUCACAGCAGCUAAAAAAAAUCAUUAUGAGAGGGCUGCCCCCAGGAAUUACACUGAGGCCAUUACAGCUAUGUCUCUGACUGAAGCUUGCUAACUCGAACAAUUCCAUUUUCUAAUCUAGAAGUCAUUUACACAUAGACAUGAGAACAGCGGCGCUGUGCGUAUGCCUGUUAAUUUUUAAUUAUCUAUGUUACUUUUCUAUUAACGUCUCGCACCAAUUUAAAAAUGGCUGUAGAAACCUUUAACUCCUAUUAAAUUCAGAUUUCUUUUACAUCGUCAUUUUCACAUUUCCUGAUUUCACUUCCAUAAUGGGGAGGAGAGAAUCUGUGAAAGGUGUUAAAACUUCUAGCCUCUGGGCGCUGAUGGUAAAGCAUUUGAAGCGCCCCACGUUAAGUCGCUGUAGUUUUCAUCGCAGCAGUGGUUUGAUUUCCUGCCACGACACUUUGCUGCAUGUCUUUCCCCACUCUGCACUUACUCUUCAGCGGUCCUAUAGAUUAAAGGUACAAAUGCUAAAAGAAAAAUGUGUUAAAAGAAUAACUUCCCACUACUAUGUAGCACCAGUGUGCCGCCAACUGAUUUACAUCGCAGGAGUGGGAGCAGCAAUGAAGGAAAACUGGCUUUACUCUCAUUUGUUUGCCUGAGAAAGAAGGAUGAAAAUUUAGGGAACGUUUGAGGCAUGAUGAAAAAGACACUACAGUCAUAUCAUCAAAGAUUUUCAUCUCCGUCUCCAGGCUGAAUAAUGCUCCAGUUCCUGGCUUUGAAAGAGAUGCUGGUACCCAAACCACCAUCCGCCUGCUGUAUCCAGAGGGAGCUCCUACAUCUGCAGAUGAAUACAAAAACACCACAAUGGUUGCUCUGGUGGUCUUCAAGAGUCUGGACUUGGCCUGGCUUACUUCUGUCAUCACCAAACAGCCUCUGGUGAGUCUGUAAGCAUCCUAACAAGCGUUGCUCACAGAAAUGGUUUGUUAUAUAAGCCAUGAGAGUGUCAGCACAGUAAGUCAUGCAGCAAAUGCUGCUAUCACAUCAUCACACUCACUGCCUCGCAUGCUCCGCACCUCCUGUUCAAACAGAGCUUCUGGUCCAAAAUGUGGUUCUGGAAGGAGGUGGUGGAUGAUGUUCCUUUGAAAGCGGAGAACUUCAGGAUCCUCCACCCGGAGAUAAUGCACAAAACAGAAGAAGUCCUGCAGAAAUAUGCUCUGAAACACGGAAAUGUAAGUUCUAGUGUAACGUACAAACUGCAGUUUUACACCCUUUUGUGAUGUGCUCCUGCAUGUUUUGUUGUUUGAUUCAUGCCAAAAAAAAAGAAAAUCCCAGAACAAUGAACCAUCUGCUUAGCCUGACCCGGCCUGAAUAAUAAAUGCCUGACUGAAACAUUAUGACUGUUGACUUAGCUGUAGGCUGAGGAUUUGUGGAGUAAAGGUGAGCAAACACCGCUUUUACAUCCAGAGAUGAACAAAAGCUCUUUAGUUGACUAAUUUAACAAAAACAGAAAACACAAACCAAAAACACUGAGGUGUACUUAUGAGUUUGAGUGAAGUAGAAACCAAUAAAUAGCUUAACUUGAGAAAAAAGUAAAAGCAAACAAAUCUAACAAUCUAUCAGUUUUUUUUCUGGUCAUUUUGGGAACAUCCUUCAGAAGAAAUAAUUGUUGUAAAUUGAAACUUAAAGGGAUAUUCUGGUGUAAAUUUGAUUUAGGGUCAAACACACCAUAACACCGAGUUAGACACCCCCUCGAGAGAUGAAUGUUGCCGACCGCUUCCUUCUCUAGUUAUACCAACUUCAGUAACGACCUCAGGAUAGCAAUACACAGCAGUCUGAGGAGACAUGAACAAACCUCAACCAAAACACCACUCUAUAGCCACAAAUAAUGCUCAGAACAGCACCUAACUUCAUCAACAGGACAUAUAGGGUCCCAGCCAUAGUACUAGACACCAAACAUCUUUUUAACUUUGACUAAUUUCUUUAGCAAAGAGACUAAACACAACUCACCUACUCUCUUCCAGCAGCCUCUUGUUUGUAGAGAAACUCGGGCCAGUCCAUUAAGGACUACAGCGGGGUGACGCAGCUCAAGGAACAACAUUUAUGAUCAUUUCUUCAUGGAAAUGCAAUCAGACUUAGACGCUAAGGCAGAAGAACUACUGUGUCUGCAGUUUAAAAUAAUUAUUAUGUUGAUUAUUACUUCAAGGAAAUGAUAAAGAAAUGAUCAUAAAUGUUCUUCCUUGAGCUGCGUCACCCCGCUGUAGUCCGUAGCGGACUGGCCUGAGGUUUGCUACAAACAACCGGCUGCUGGAAGAGAGUGGGUGAGUUGUGUUAAAUCUCUUUGUUAAAGAAAUUAGUCAAAGUUAAAAAGAUGUUUGGUGGCUAGUACUAUGGCUGGGACCCUAUAUGUCCUGUUGAUGAAGUUAGGUGCUGUUUUGAGCAUUAUUUGUGGCUAUAGAGUGGCGUUUUGGUUGAGGUUUGUUUAUGGCUCCUGAGACCGCUGUGUAUUGCUAUCUGCGGUCGUUACUAAAGUUGGUAUAACUAGAGAAGCAACAUUCAUCUCAUGAGGGGGUGUCUAACUCAGUGUUACGGUGUGUUUGACCCUAAAUUAAUUUUACGCCGGAAUAUCCCUUUAAGGAACAUUUUCUCACUCCAAGUAGACUGUGCCCACUAUUGGUGCCAGCGCAGUGGUGUUGGCUCUGCAGCUGUGUGACCAGGUGAGCCUUGCCGGAUUUGGGUACGACAUGCAGCAUCCAGAGGCAAGGCUUCACUACUAUGAGGCUGUACGCAUGGACACCAUGAAAGUACAGGUAAGCCUGGACUGACGACAAAACACUCAUGUUCGGACUGUGGGGGUUUCUUCAUGACUCAUAUAAUUACCGUCCUCCAGGUGGUGCAUGAUGUCAGCGCCGAGAAACUCUUCUUGAGGGACCUGGUGGCUGCAGGAGCGGUGACGGACCUGACAGGAGCUCUGUGAGUCAGCAGCAGCUCAGAGACUGAUGACAAACACACACUCCUUCACUCUUACUGAAAGCCUGACACAAUCCUCCAUAACUGCGGAUAAGUGGGCCCUGCUGGAGGAAUCCUGCACAGCAUGGACUGACCUUUAAAAGCCUCACAGUCUCCAGGGUUGUCUCGAAAGGUUAGAUAGACUUUGGAUUGCAGAAACAGAAGCAAAUUACAAUUAAAUUGGAUGAGCGUAUUUCACUACCAGCUGUGAGGAGUAUCACAAAUGUCAACUGUACAGAAAAAUGUGCAAGAAUGCAUGUGAAAAAGAUUGUGGCUGCGGUCAGAAUUCUGUUCUCAAAGACCCAAUAAACCAAUAAACUGACGAUUUUUGA